AGUUGUGCCCCCCCUGGAUUAUCCCUGUAAGGAACAAUGAAUCCUAAUAAUGAAUGAGUCAAUCACCCCAAACUAGGUUUACCAAUAAUAAGGCAUUAAUUCAGGGCUUGGUGCCACAUUCAAGUUGCAGACGAGCAAGUUAAGUCUGUAACAAUUUACACGGGAGACACAGAGUUGUGGUCUCACUGAGGUCAUGGUGGCUUGGAGGAAAAAAAAGGGGAGGGGAAAUGUCCCACACAUAAAAAAAAAACUCUGUACAGAUGCCAAGUCCAGGACACUUAAAUUAGAGGGGUAGCAAAGCAAUGAGGCAUGUUCGAGUUUUAGACAAAGCUGUGAUUUUCAGACUUGACCUCGUGCAGUUGGUUUUGUAAGUCCUGUCAAGUGGUGACAGUUUCAGUUGUUGGUUUUACCAAAUGGGACAGACGGCUGACUUCAAAGAUUUUGUAAUUCACUGAAGAAAAAAAAAAAUAUCGCAUCAAGCUGAGAAUCCAUCUUUCCAGUCACCGCGAGGCACAGGUGGAGCAGCCAUGUCCACCGGCUCCGCAGCGAGCGACGCCGACGACUACGAGACGUGCUUGGCCCCCCUGGCCAAGGAGCCCCCGGAGGGGACACUCACCUGCUACGAUCCGAGCCGGUACUCGGACGAGGAGCCGGAGGAGGAGAGCGCAGACGGGCGGCUCGUCGACGCGCAGCAGGGGCGCAGACUCUCCAGGGCGCACCAGAGGGAGGCGCGCCAGACGCAGCGGAACGCGGCCAACGCCAGGGAGAGGGCGCGCAUGCGGGUGCUGAGCAAGGCGUUCACCAGACUCAAAACCAGCCUGCCCUGGGUCCCGGCGGACACCAAGCUGUCCAAGCUGGACACGCUGCGACUCGCCUCCAGCUACAUAUCUCACCUGAGGCAGCUUCUGCAGGACGACCGGCUCGAGAGCAGCUUUGCGCACCCAGUCAGUCUGACGUGGCCAUUCAUGAUGGCAGUCCGAUCGGAGGACCAGGACAUCUCGACUGCUUCUGUGAGACUUUGUGGAGCUACAGCAUAGGCACCAGCACUUGUUCUUCUACUGUAAGAGCUCCUGGGGACAGCGGACAGAAGAGAAGAUGCAGAGACACACAAGAAAAAUGUUUCUGUGGCCUGUGUGCAUGUGCCCCCCCCCCCGCCCUGUCUCCCAAACAAUGACUCCUAACUCUAAAACUAGGUUUUCUUGUGCAUGUUUGCAGAGGUUGAUACGAUGGCAUGUUUACAAUGAUUGUCUUCAUCUAUAUUUGAUUUCUAAAUUUUGCAUUUGGGUUUUUACAAACUUCAACAUAUCAUCAAACAUUACAGCUGAUCACCAAACCCUAUUGACUCUCAAUAUGGUUCCGGGAGCCAAACCGCUCCCUGUGUGUGAUACACACAUUUGAUAUCCUUAUCUGUAUGUUUUCAGGUGUUCUUUUGACAGGCGUUCAAGUGCAGUGAAGUGUUUUCCGUUUUGUUACGUUUGCGCGUUUUGAAUAUAUCAAGCAUCAUGGAGAUCUAUUUAUUUUGUUUGUGGUAUGUUUAUUCUUGGAUAUGUUUGCAUUUCAGAUAAAAGAAAAUGUUG